AUGGACGACCUGCCUGUGAAGCCAGCGGCCGGCUUCAGGCUCAUGGGAACCCUCCCCGACCAUCAGGAACCGCUGCAACCUCCCAAAACCAUAAUCGUUUAUGUGAACGGCAUCAGAAACCCUGGACUGAAGCCGCAAUUUUUUCCGGAUGUCCACCUCCCAAGUCAACCUGUAAAUGUUGAUUUCAUUGCCUGCGUUGAGCAAGAGGACUCCGGGAUCGCAAUUUUUAAACGCCAAGUUGACCAUUUGCUGAGCGAGGUGGACAAGAUUAUCCCUCAAUUGACCCCGGAAAACGUUUCCAUAGCCAUCUGGGCCGACGAUAUUGGUGGUACCUUGGUGAAGCAGGUUUUCUCCGGUACCCCCCACCGGGGCUCCUUGAUCUACAGUUUCCACACCGCUGUUCAGAACCUCAUCCAAACCGGCUUCCCCAACGUCUUGGGCGAUUGGUUUCCGAAAACCUCCAAGACGCUCUCUCGACAUAUGAAGAGUAUCAAUCAAGGCUUCAGGCACAUCUGUCACAACUUCAGCAUCAUCAACUACUAUGAGCGUCCCAGCCCUUCGGACGCAGCACCCUUUCAGGUCCUUCUACUCUAUGAAUGUGCCACUCUUAGUGUGCCAAACGAGAUCAAUAUUGGGGUGAACCGGACACACGACAAACUCCGCAUCCUAGUUGGAACCGAGGCCCACGCUGCGCAUUCGUACCUCCUAGACGCGACCAUCAAGGACUGGAACGAGUUUCAAUACAUUUUCGACCUCCUUCAACCGGCCAGCCCAGCACAGACCGACCACGAUGUCCACUCGCAAUCCAGCUGGCACCCGUCUGCGAACUUGAUCGACGCGUUCCCGGACGAUUCAGGUCUCUCGGCCUGGCUAUCGGAUCUGGAUGGCCCCAGAUAUCUGACAAUAUCACCACGAACCAACCUGGAUCCAAGGGCCAUCCUGAGCUCCCUAGCCCAGGCCAUAUACGACAUCCAGAGCGUCCUUCAUAUAUCGAUCCUCUUCUUGCAUGUCGCGUGCGAAGAUGUCCAGAUUCUGCAAGAUAUCGACUAUGUGCUUGGAAAGACCGAAGCAAAAGUUCAAAUGGUUCUCCUCGCCGUUCCUGGACUUACCCUCGGUGUUGAAGAUGAUAACAUCGCUCGUCUCCACGGACUAGAUGACGCACUCGAGGGUCCCGCUGUUAGUCUGAACAACGAUAUUUCGGAACGAACCUUGGUGUCUGCAAGUCAAGGAUCCAACAUGUUGCGCAAGAUGUUGUUGUCCCAGGCUGCAUUGGAGACAGCGCUUCUUGGUACGCUGCAGUCCUUCCUUCCGGAGCUAGGACGACAAGAGACCCUCACUCUUACUUGGAUUGCGUUUGCGACACGCCCCUUCAAUCUCCAGGAGCUUGAUUGGGCCAUUGCUCAGGAUCAAGCACAGAAAUGUCAACUCAAAGAUUCAGGAACUAAGAAACUGACUGCGUUUCAGCUGGUAACCCGGCUGCAAGUCGUUCUCCCCGGCCUAUUGGAGAUCAAAUCCGACAACCGCGUCGUCCAGUGCAUCUCCUACAGCAAGGUCCGCGAGAUCUUGUCUAAGUCCCGGAAUAACAGCCUCGGGGAGGAAUGGAGUCCACACCUCUAUCUCGCAGAGACCUGCUUGGGCACCUUCAGAGAUGCAACGGCACUCAAUGAGUUCGCUAAGUCAGGGGGUCACCCACCCGACCGGUCCGGGA